CCAGAAGUACAUCUAAGUGCAGAGCCAAAGACAACAAAACAUACAUAACAUAAACGUACACUUUAAGCUGACUUCAUCAUGUCUUUCUUUCGUGUAUCUAUAAGGGCUCUACCGGCCAAUCUGCUCCCCCGCCAGCACAUCGCCCGCCGUACCAUUGCAACAGCAAGCAAGAAGGAAUGGCUAUGCAUUAUUCCUGAUACACCUGAGGGUCCCGAACUGAGAAAGAAAGUUCGAGCGACUCACAUGGAAGGAGUCGGCCCUCUCGUCCAGGCGGGAAAGCUAGUCGCAGGUGGUGCGAUGCUGGCCACUCAUCCCGAGGAAGGCAAAGAUCUGUCAUUCAAGGGCAGUAUGCUUGUGUAUAUGGCUGAAAACUUGGAGGAAGUGCACCAGCUUAUUAACGGUGAUAUCUACGCUAAGAGCGGUGUUUGGGAUCUGGGGAAGGCGCUUGUUGUCCCGUAUCUGUCGGCUGUGAGGGAGCCUUUGAAGAAGGAGUAGAGAGCACUAUCUAGAAUGAUAUUGGUGCUAUUUUCCCUCAAUGUAUUAGAGAGCGGCCAUCGUUGAGCGCAUAUAAUCUACUACGGCACUUGAGGCAGUUUGAGCCUCAACCUACCAGAUA